AUGAGGAGUAUGACUCCACAAGAGGUUGCUACAGCUGCUGCUCAAGCUGUUGCUACGGCAGAAGCUAAAGAGGCAGCAAGGGUGGCAGACGCAGAAAACACUGACGUAGAAGCGGCUCAAGCUUUUGUAGACUCAGCAAUGAAGGCACUGAAAGAGAUUGCCACUCCAAGGAUGGUAUCCUUCAUUAGGGGCAAAUUUUCAAGAGAAAGUAAAGAAAUAGCAUAA